AUACAGCUCUUAAGAUCAGAUAGAUAAAUGGGUAAUUGGGAAAAGGUCAAUCUUGCACUGAGAAUACUUUCCUUUGCCAGCCUCGUGGUUUCCAUCAUCUUCUCCCUCACCUCCACCUCCGGCAACAACUGCGACAACAACAAUAACAACUACUUUCCAACCUCCGGCGACAACAACAACAACUGCGACAACAACGAUAACAACUACUACCCCUUCGAUUUUGACGUCAAAAUCAAGCUCAACUUCAAGGACUUUUACGCUUAUCGUUACACGCUGUCUGUAAAUGCAAUUGGAACCGUCUAUUCUUUCAUCCAAUUUGUGUUAGCGAUAGUAGGGAUGAAAUCCGACGACGAUAAAUCUUCAGAUGCACUGGUUAAGGCUAAUCCGUAUCUCGAUCAGGUGAUGGCCAUCCUACUGGGGACAGGAGCGGCGGCGGGAUUUGGUCUUACGUUGGACUUGAAACACCUUCGUUGUGGUUCAACCAUCACCAGAAGUUUUCUUAACAAAAUGACUGUAGCUUCUGUGUUUUGCGCCGGAGGAUUUGGAUUCACCGCCGCAUCAUCCUUUGUCUCUCUCAAAAUUUACGAGGAAGAGAUGGAUGUUUGUUGUUAGUUAUUACGUGAUAAUAAUUUUGAUUGACGAGAAAGUCCGUAAUUACUACUGAAUAUGCGUUUUGGAUUUUGGGUAGUGGUCAAAAGAUUACAAAGAGUGGCUGCUCAUAGUUGACCAGUAAAUCGAGAAUGCCAAGAAGUUAAAUUAGAACUUUGUGAUUUCCCAACCAAUUUGGUUGAGGUUGUACCCGACAUUAGGAUAAUAAUUGUAUGUAAAGCAUGAAGAGAUAAUAUCAUAAUAAAAUUAUCUAAUAAUUUUCACAUUUA